GUUUAUUGUUGACGCUCCCAGCAGCCAGGAAGAUCGCGCAGAGCAGCUGGAAGCAAAGAUGGCCUUGGAAGAACAGGAUGCAUUGGAUGCGCUGGAGAAGGAGGCAUCUGAUUUCGACAAGGAUGCAGAGAUUGACCGUAUUCGAAAGGCCUUUCAAUUAGACGCAUAUUCCGUCCUUGACCUCCAACCCGGAGUUACUGAAAAAGACAUCAAAAUACAAUACCGAAAGAAGUCCCUGUUGAUCCAUCCGGAUAAGACGAAGAACCCUGCUGCACCGGAUGCUUUCGAUCGACUCAAGAAGGCACAGACGUCGCUCCUGGAGGAGAAAUCUCGAACCUACCUGGACGAAUGUAUUGCAGAUGCGCGACGGCUGUUGAUCCGAGAACACAAGUAUACCCUAGACUCUCCGGAGCUGAAGACUGCGGAAUUCAAAAAGGAAUGGCGCCAGAAGACAGUACAUGUGUUGUUGGAAGAGGAGGCACGACGACGACGACAGCUCAAGGCCAGGUUGCAAGAAGAAGGUCGAGAGCAGCGCAAAGAAGACGAAGAGAUUGAAGCGCGGAAACGAAAACGAGACCAGGACAAGGCAUGGGAAGACUCGCGAGAGGAGCGGAUUGGAAGCUGGCGAGACUGGCAGAAGGGACGCAAGAACGACGAUAAGAAGAAGAAGAAAAAGAUGAAGGUGCUGGGCUAAACGGCGAUGGCCUCGAGAGAUAACAGCGAUUCAAGCUCGUUCGGCGUUCAGGUUCACUUGUGAUUGUAUUUGCCGUUGAUGUGUAUUCUUCAAUGUUCUGCUUAAUCCUAGAAUCCAUUACAGACAUUCUAU